AUGGUGCCUCUUCAAACUCUCAUUAGCAAGAUGAUUCGUAAAGCUCACGCUGAUUUAAUGACAUUGACAGACACAUUGCCUUCUCGAGGUGAAGUGGAAAAGAAACGACAAAUUCUCAACUAUGCGACGUUAAAUAUCAUGGCUUUUUUGGCCAAUCAAAAUCAGAUCUUUCGCGAUUCGACACACUUUUUGCACAAGAUUCAUGCAGAAUUGCCAAAAGCCAGGAUACGCAAUUUCGAUAUUCUCAGUGCAGUCGACGUGCUAACGACUGGAUCCUAUCAGCGAAUGCCGACAAAGUUUCAGAGUAUACCCGUUCCUUUGACGGACAACGAUGUACUGGACACUUUCGGUAAAAUGAACGACGUAAUUCGUAUGCGAAUGAUGACGACAGAAGUACUACCUUCACCGAUGAAAGACUAUCGAAUAGAGAGUGGCCGAAUCAAGUUCUUGAUCCAGAACGAAUUCGAAGUCUCUCUUACGCUUAUGGGUGCUCCGAACGAGCGGCGAUGGUGGAUCGUAGCGUUAAAUGUGUUAGUCAAAUCAACGGCAGGCAGUGGUGCUGCUGAUGUGGAUAUUUCAUUGAAUGAAGCGCAGUUGCAUAAUUUACGAAUGAACGCCCAAAAACAACUAUUACCACCACCACCAGCAGUAACGACAACGCCCGAUACGACAGCAACCCCAGUAUACUUUCCACUCGUCAACCUUUACGACUAUUUACAUCUGUUCUGUCUCAACAUGCAAUUAGAGAUCGUAUAUAUGCAGGCUGUUAUGGUGUCGAGAACGCGAUGGUUGGAUCAGCUUAAGGUGUUUAUGGAUGCGACAAGAACCAAGCUGACACUUAUCUAUUGGAAGGGCGGAUCUCCAGCAGCUCAUUGGGCUCGACCGUUCUCACCGCAAGUCAACAUGGCCAUCAGCAUUCGAGAUGAUUUGAAAGGACUUAUUGAGCAAGCUGGACUUGGAGCAUCGGUAGAGCUUUCAAAAAUGGAUAAUGCGGAUCGGCCAAAGAUUGUUUCAGCUCUCAAAUAUCCAAAGAACCAACUGGAUGUUUUGUGGGGUGGCGAUAGCAACUUGCACACAAGCGCUGAAUUAUUGAAUCCAUCGGAUAUCGAUGUUGAGCGUGUCUUGUGGCAUGUAACACGACACCACAGUUUAUGCAUCAUUGAGAAAUUACGUUCGGUGCUGAAAGUGCAAGAGUCUUUCCUCAAUGAAAAUGGAUUACAUUUGGUGGAAGGUCGACUUGAAGAUAAGAUGGAUAUUUCGCCAGUGAUUGUUAGAUAUCGUCACCAUCGCUACAUCAAUAUCAACUUGGAUAUGCGAUCGGGUCGCAUCAAAGUUCGCGAGGCAGGAUAUCGUCUUGGCGAAGGCGAUGCUAAACUUAAAGAGCUUGAGGAGCGGCUGAACAGCGACCCAUCCAAUGUCUCCAAGCAUCUACUCUGGCUACGAUCCGAAGUCGUUAUUCGUGAAAUCGUAUCAUUGGCCAAGCAGCUCAGUCUGCAACCCUUCCACACUUCACAAAUGUCGCUACGCGCAGACGAUCUUGUGAAACUCUUUGGUGAUAUCCUGUCAAGCCAUCAGACGCCUCGAGAACACUCUCCAGAUUCAACAGCAGCAGCACACGCUCCAGCAAACAGGCUACAAUACCCAUCACACUGUGUGUUUUUACAAUUUGCCCAGUUCAAAGACUGGUAUCUGGUUGUUACUAUUGUGCAAAACGAGGUUUAUUCAUGGUUAUGUUGUAUCAAGUAA